AUGUAUAAAAGCAUCGUAAACUUUCAAAAUAUGCUCGGAGUAAUUCACACAUCGCUGCUGUUCCUCACAUCGCUCAUACUCACAUCGAUUGAACUGCACAAAUUGGAGGCACUCGUACAUUUCGAGAAGAGCUACAAAAUAUCGUACGAUAUAGCCUUUCAGUUCAAUAGAAUGGUUACAUCGGAGGCUGUGCCAUUGCUAAUAUUCAUGGUUCUGAACUUUCUCAGACCUACAAUUAUCCUGCUGCUGCUUAUCGGCUUGUAUGAAAUAUAUAAGGUUGUGAAGGAGUGGAAUUUCGUCAAUCCGGUCUAUUUGAGAGAUGAAAUGGCAUUCAGAAAGAGAGAGGUGUGCUUGAAAGCCAUGUUUUACCUAUGCUUAUUCGUUUUUUAUACGUUAAAUAUCAUAAAACUGGUCAAGAAAGUGUUCUUUGGAUGA